GAAGAAUCGAAGAGGAAGAGAAAGAUGCUACACCAGAAAUCGCAUACUCGAAUCGGAAGUGAUCGGUACUCCGUAAUCGUUAUGGCUUCUCCUGCGCAUUUUGACGAUGAUUUUGAUUUCGGAGGCGGAUUCCCUGCAAGGCAUUCAGGUAAUAAGAGGCCUUCGCCGGAUUACGACGAUGAAGAUUAUGGUAAUGAUCCUUUUGCGCCUAAGAAGACCAAAUCAAAAACCGAUGAGGUUGCUUCUGGUGUAACAACAGGAAUGAUCUUGUCACUUCGUGAGAGCCUUCAGAACUGUAAGGAUACACUUGCAACGUGCCAAAAUGAACUUGAGGCUGCUAAAUCUGAGAUUCAAAGUUGGCAUUCUUCAAUUCAAAAUGAGCCUUGUGUACCUGCUGGUGCCACUCCUGAGCCCAAAAUGUUGCUUGAUUAUCUUCAGGCCCUGAAAUCCUCAGAAGAGUCUUUAAGAGAGCAGCUUGAAAAGGCAAAGAAAAAGGAAGCUGCAUUCAUUGUAACAUUUGCAAAACGAGAACAAGAGAUAGCAGAGUUGAAGUCUGCUGUGCGGGAUCUAAAAGCACAACUCAAGCCACCUUCAAUGCAGGCAAGGAGGUUGUUACUAGAUCCAGCUAUUCAUGAAGAGUUCACGCGUUUAAAGAAUUUAGUAGAGGAAAAGGAGAAAAAAGUGAAGGAGUUGCAAGAUAACAUAAAUGCAGUAAGCUUUACUACUCAAAGCAAGAUGGGGAAGAUGCUGAUGGCUAAAUGUAGAACUCUGCAGGAAGAAAAUGAGGAGGUUGGGAAUCAUGCUUCUGAGGGAAAGAUUCAUGAAUUAGCCAUGAAAGUUGCAUUGCAGAAGUCCCAGAAUGCACAAAUCAGAAGCCAAUUUGAAGGGUUGCAGAAACAUAUGCAAGGACUGACAAAUGAUGUGGAAAGAUCCAAUCAAACGGUUGUAAUAUUGCAGGAAAAAUUACAAGAUAAGGAUCAGGAGAUCCAAAAACUGAAACAAAAGCUCCAUCAAAAGAACUUGAUGAUGGAAGAUGGAAGAUCGGAUGCAGCAGAAAAUUUUAUUGAGAGUGAUAAGCCGGAAGUACCUAAGGAAGCUGCCAACUAGUAUAUCUAUCACCAAUUUUGCAGCAAACGUUCAUUUUUUCCCCGGUAUUUAGUUUUGCUGAUGAUUGUAAAUUUUAUAUGACGCAUUAUAACAUUUCUAUUUAUUUAUUA